CCGAAGCUUCCCCAGAAGGCUGCAUCGUCUCAGGAUCGCCAUUUUAUAUGUUUGGCUCUGAGACUGGGACGGUGGGUGCGUGUGGUGCAAACUACAGAGCGUAUUCCGUGUAUUAUCUGCAAGAUGUUACCCAAAUACUUUGCGCCCGACAUGUACAAGUAACGACAGGUGUCGGAGUGUGUGAUCGGGCAGCGAAGGCUCGGGCCGAAAUGGUCCCGGAAUAGUGAGCUGUGCGUGAGUGUGUUUUCAUCGAGUAAGUGCGUCGCACACUGGCUUUUCACUGCUGUCACCAUUUGUUAAAUACCUGUGCCAUUCGGGAAGUCGGCUUUGGGUCAAAUUACGGACGGCCUCUGGAUUCCUUGCGACACCCUCGCCAUCAUCUACGAUGAGUUCGCGCAACAUACCCUCAGACAAGAUAAAUCUACGCCUCAUUCUUGUCAGUGGUAAGACAAAAGAGUUCCUAUUCAGUCCGAGCGACUCUGCGGGGGACAUAGCGCACCAUGUGUUUGAAAACUGGCCGGAAGACUGGGCGGAAGAAGCAGUCGCUAAAGCGGAGAUCCUGCGGUUAAUCUACCAGGGCCGUUUUCUGCACAGCAAUGUCACGCUCGGUGCUCUUGGGCUUCCUUUCGGGAAAACCACGGUGAUGCAUCUGGUCCCACGAGAAAACCUUCCCGAGCCUAAUUCUCAAGAUCAAAGGCAAAAAAGUAAAGGCGGCGGGAGUAGUUGCUGCUCAGCUUCCUGUUGCAUACUUUAAAGAAAACGUUGGCUGCCCUGGAUAUUUUUUGAGGUCGUUCCGUGUGAGAGCCAGCUCCCAUGUUCUUCAAGCUGAGCCAUGGUUUCUAAGGUUUCGACGCUGGUGUAUCAUUGUUAGUGGCUGAGCCUCGUGAGCAUUGUAGCAAAGCAAAGUUGUCACAUCCUUCGCCGAUUCAUCUAAAUUAAAAUAAAAAAAAAAAGGAUUUAUUUUGGUUCAUCUGCAACGCACGCUAAAAACAUCGUUCACCGUCCCAAGUGAACAAAUUCUGUCAUCAGUCUCUUGAAGAGAAAAAAAUAUAAUGGAAAAUUUCAAAGCCAGAUUUAUAUGUCUAUAACAUCAUAUAAAUUCUAAAAAGAAAUUGUAAUGUAAGCCAAACAACAUAAUUUUUACAUGUUGUUUUAUAUUUUGUUUUAGUAAUUGUGUACACAAAAAUCUAUUUAUAACUUAUAUCGCGUCAAAGAGAUUGUCAAGUUUUUAGGCAUAUCGAUGACCUGGUUCGGCAUUGGAACACAUAAUAUCGAAAACGCCGUUCAGCUUUCACGGUCCAGAAAUCAAGAGGAAAUUACGUAUUUCAAGGAACAUCAACGAUCAUCCUGUUUGAUUCGUUCACUUUUGCAAUUUAUUAUUAAUUAUACCACAUAUAAGAGAACAUGAUUCAAGUAAAAUGAAUUCCUCAUCAGAAGAAAUAGGAUGUUAAAGCCUUUCAAUGAAAUAGGGGUUGAAAAUACGCUCUGUUGAACGGCGCUACACGAUGCUUAGAAUCUCAACCACUAUUCGACUAUACUGCAGCGUUAAAUAGUAAUUAUUAUUGUAGACAGGAUCCGUGAAUGUGUUGUGUAUGAAUGAAUGUGUUGCAUUUGAAAGAUCAAUGGAGAGGAAGAAAGAGUGUAUGUAUGUAUGUAUGUGUGUGUGAAAGAAAGAGGGAGAGAGAGAGAGAGAUAAAUUUAUGUUGUGAUAUGCAGGUAGUGAAUAUAAUUAUAUAUUAUACAUACUAUUAUUAAAAUUAUAUAUAUUAUAUAUAUAUAAAAUUAUAUAUAUAUAUAAUGGUAUGAGAUAUGUUGACACGCAGUUAAACUCUCAUACACAGGAUAGACUUUAUUAACAUGAAUUUAAAGUAAUAUUAUGACGCCACUUCGAGAGUUUAGUAUUCUGGAAUAAGAUUACAGAGGAAAAAGAACAUUGGAUCUCUAAUGGUAGUUAUGAUUAAAUAAACAUUCAAAUAUAUCUCCUGUUAGCUCCUUUUCUCUAUUCACCAUUAUUUCUUUUUUCUUUAUGUAUUCUUAUUUUUUUCCAUUUUUAAAAUUCGCGCGUUGUAAUUUUCUUCUCUUUUCUUUUUUUUUCCUUCUCUCCCACUUUAUUCUGUUUCUACCCGUCCAUUUUUUAUCGUUCGGGCCUAGAAAUGUUCAUAGACCCAAAAGAUUAAUUCAUGUUAUAGGUGAGAUAACCAAUAUCGCAAAUAUUGAUUAUAGUUAGGUCCAACCAAACCAUUUUACAAUAAGUUGUAGUCUAUUCUAUACUCAACUAUACUACUGUAUAAUGUAUGACUCUUACCAAUGCAUAACACGUGUAUAUAAUAUAUAUAUAUAUAUAUAAUGUUCUUAUUUAGUGAAAUUCAUCGUCAAACAAACGAUGGUCAGAUGUUUAUUUAAUUUAUUAUCGUAUGGAAUGUCGACAAAUAAUGUGUUUUUUUUUGCACGUUCGAGAUAAUCUGUAUCUGCUUGACUCAUAUCAAACUUAUAUGCUUUAUAUGAAUGUGCUCUAUAUGAAUUAAAUUUGAUACUUGUGUUUCUCGAUAAUCGAUUACAGACAUUUUCUCUAUAAAAAAAUUCUAAAGGAAAAAAAUUAUAAAUCAAAUCGUUAAUUCUAAAUUUAGAAUUCUUUUUCGAAUCGUUCUUUAGGAUUUAUUUAUCGAAUCUCAAAAAUUAAGAAAAAAA